GUAAAGAAUAAAGAAAAUAAUACACAGUGGUCUGUUAAAAAUAAAAACAACAUCCAGACCACAGCAAGAUAUCCCGACCACGUCAUCGCCCGACUGAGUGUCGCACCUCUUUGAUUGGAUCUUCCAUUAUCGAUCUCUCUCUCUCUCUCUCUCUCUCUCUCUCUCUCUCUGCAUUCGCAUCCAAAGCCAGAGCUUACCGUCGAUCUCACUCUCUCUCUCUCUCUCUAUUCGUGGUGCAAGGUCAUUAUGUCAGGCGUGGAGGAUCUCAAAGAGAAAGAACGAGUGGAUGGAGAUAUCCCCAUUGAGUCUGAAAAAUCUAUGCCAUCAUCUCAAGAGGAGGAGGUAGCAGUAAAGAAGAAAUACGGUGGAAUAGUGCCCAAGAAACCACCACUCAUUUCUAAGGACCAUGAACGUGCUUAUUUUGAUUCUGCUGAUUGGGCUUUGGGAAAGCAAGGUGUCGAGAAGCCCAAAGGACCACUUGAAGCCCUUCGGCCCAAAUUGCAGCCCACACAACAGCAAACAAGAUACCGGAAGUCUCCCUAUGCUCCAGCAGGUGGUGAAGAUGAAGGAAGUGCUGCAUCUGAGGAUGGGACUACCAAUGUAUGAGACGCUGCUGUUGGCUCUUUACUCUUGUGAGAACUGCUGAUUGUUAUUCAGAUACCUACAUAGGUAAUGAGUACUUUUCUGUUGUUUUCCAGAAUAAAGUCUGGUGAAAAUGUUUUGUUGUUAGCUGAAGGAACAAACUACAAUUAUAAUGCAAUUGAGAUUUAUGAAGCUUCAGUUUCUGCUGUUCCAUAUGUUUUUCUGUGUGGGACAUCGCUGCUCAUUUUAUGAUAAAUGAAAAUAAAAAGGCUUAUGUAAGACUAGCAAAAUAAUUUUUCUGUUGUUUAUUAUUA